GACGGAGGACGGUAACAUGGCGGCCUCCUUGCGUCUGGGUCGUCAAGGAAUGUUAUUUGGCCUCAGGUUGUCUAAUUUUAACAAUUUAAGAUCCACACACCAAUGGCAAGACCAAGUCAGACACUUCUUUCAGUCACCGUGGGUACUCGGUGUCAGCCCACUCAAAGUGCAAAUGCCUGCUCUCUCUCCCACCAUGGAGGAGGGAAACAUAGUUAAAUGGCUGAAGAAGGAAGGAGAGGCAGUGGCAGCAGGCGAUGCCCUUUGUGAGAUUGAGACCGACAAGGCUGUGGUUACCAUGGAGUCUAAUGAUGACGGUGUCUUGGCAAAGAUAUUGAUAGACGAGGGCAGUCGCAACGUGCGCCUUGGCACUCUCAUUGCUCUCAUGGUGGAGGAAGGGCAGGACUGGAAACAAGUGGAAAUCCCCUCUCCAGAUGCUGCGCCUCCAUCUGAAGCACCACCUGCUACAGAAGCAGCUGCUGCCCCUUCUGCGCCCUCUCCACCUUCUCCACCAAAACCAGUCACACCAGGACCGUUACGUCUGAGCCCAGCAGCACGACACAUUCUGGACACCCAUGGUUUAGAUCCAAAACUGGCCACACCCACUGGACCUAGAGGACUUAUUACUAAGGAAGAUGCACUGAAUCUUUUGAAAACAUCUCCUGCUCCCAAAGCAAUGCCAUCUGUGGUGGCCUCGAGUCAACCAAGUCCCAUCUCUGCUCCAGCAGCUAGCCCUCCACCUCCAGGAAGCAGACCGAACAUACCUCCAGUCUCUGUACCAGGAAAACCAGGAGCCCCAGGAACUUUCACUGAGGUUCCAGCCUCAAACGUCCGCCGUGUCAUUGCUCAAAGGCUAACCCAAUCAAAGACUACCAUCCCCCACUCGUAUGCAUCCAUCGACUGUGACAUGGCUGCCGUCAUACAGCUUCGCAAAGAUCUGGCCAAAGAACAGAUUAAAGUUUCUGUUAAUGACUUCAUUAUCAAGGCAGCAGCUGUUACACUCAAAGAAAUCCCAGAAAUGAAUGUGACUUGGUCUGGUGAUGGACCCCAUGCACUCGAUUCAAUCCAUAUUUCAGUUGCUGUGGCAACAGACAAAGGAGUCAUUGCUCCAAUUAUCAAGGAUGCUGCGAACAAAGGAGUUAAAGAGAUCUCAUCUAAUGCUAAGGCACUGGCCCAGAAGGCUCGAGAUGGGAAACUACUUCCUGAGGAAUACCAGGGAGGCUCUUUUAGUAUAUCUAACCUAGGGAUGUUCGGAAUCAGUGGCUUCAGUGGUGUGAUCAACCCUCCUCAGGCAUGCAUCCUUGCUGUUGGGACCUCCAGGCCUGAGCUACAACUCUGUGAGGAUGAUCAGACCUUGCACACUAAGCAGCUGAUGACAGUUACGUUGUCAAGUGACGGGCGACUAGUGGACGAUGAAUUGGCGUCACGCUUUCUUGAUAAAUUCCGUGCCAACCUGGAACAACCACAACGCAUGGCCCUGGCCUGAAAAACCAAGAGAGACAGCUUUAUGAAAAUGACUUUAAGAUAAAGGUAGAAGUGCUUACAUGACAAAGUAAAGAGCUCUUAAAUAGUUGGUUUCCAUUCACGCCUAAACUAAGGCUUACAGAGUAGAAGUGUACAUAAUAAAAACUUCAGUUUUUGGAUUACUUCUGACUGAUAGUCACCAAGCUUUGUGAUGGAGGGGUUAAGGGGACUUCAGCUACACUUUAAGUACACAGUGCGGUACUGUUGUGUACAUAAAGUUCAAGUCCAGUUCAAGUUCUGUUUUUCAGUCAAGUGUCACAGUUGGUAAACAUGCAACUAGUUCUCUAAAAACAUCCUAUGUACAUUUGUCAAAGAUAUACAUUACUGAACAUCAGUGGCAAUACACUUUCCAUUAAGUUUAAACCCAUAUAAAAUAGUUUGUUACAAAAUGUAAUCAAAUUAAUUAAUUAUGAAUUGUUCCUAUGAAUAUGAUUUAACUUAUUUAAAAUCAACACUG